UGGACUCUGUGGAGCAGUCAGAAGCUGGUUCACAGAGCUGACAGGCUGCAGGGACUCCAGCAGGCGGACCUCAGUCUGCUGCUUUACAUACACAGGACAGACGACAUUCACCUGCUCGCUGACGGCUCACCUAGUUAAGUGCGAUGUCUUCUCCCAGCGCCUCCUCCAACCCUCUGAGCUCUCUGGCGCCCAAAAGAAAAACCAAGAAGAAGCACUUUGUGCAGCAGAAGGUGGAGGUUUUCCGAGCCAGUGACCCCGUGCUGAGCGUGCUGAUGUGGGGAGUCAAUCACUCGAUUAAUGACCUGGGCCAGGUGCCGGUACCUGUCAUGCUGCUCCCAGACGACUUCAAAGCCAGCACCAAGAUCAAAGUCAACAACCACUUCUUCAACAAAGAGAAUCUUCCAGGACAGUUCAAAUUCAAAGACUACUGUCCACAAGUGUUCAGAAAUCUGCGAGAGCGCUUUGGCAUCGAGGACCAAGAUUACCAGGUUUCUUUGGCCCGGAGCUCACCACUCAAAGACGAGGAGGGGAAGUGUGUUGGGCUGCUGACAUCAUACGACCGCACCUUGGUUGUUAAAGAAAUUUCCAGUGAGGAGGUAGAAGAAAUGCACAAUAUCCUCUCUGCAUAUCACCAGCAUAUUGUCACUUGCCACGGCAGCACACUGCUCCCUCAGUUCCUGGCCAUGUACAGAGUCACUGUGGAGAGCGAGGACACCUACCUGUUAGUGAUGAGGAACAUGUUCAGCCACAGAUUGCAUGUACACAGAAAAUACGACCUCAAGGGCUCCCUGGUGUCUCGUGAGGCCAGUUUUAAAGAGAAGGUCAAAGACCUGCCCACUUACAAGGAUGUAGACUUCAGGAAUAACAUGCAAAAAGUAUAUGUGAGCGAUGAGGAGAAGGAGAAGAUAAUGGACAAACUUAACAGAGAUAUUGAGUUUCUAGUUCGUAUGAGGAUCAUGGACUACAGCCUGCUGCUGGGCAUUCACGAUGUCGAACGGGCCGAGAGGGAGGAGGAGGAGGAGACUGUGUCGUCCCACGAGGAGGAAGAGGAGGAUGAAGGUGACCUGGCCCCUGCUCCGGGCUCCACCUCCCCUGAAGGCAUCGCUGGCUACAUGAACUCCUUCAAACCUCUGGGUCCUGGAGAGUUCGAUCCCUAUGUGGAUGUGUACGCUAUCCAGAGUGCAGUAGGUGCGCCCCAGAGGGAGGUGUAUUUUAUGGGUCUGAUUGACGUGCUCACGCAGUAUGACACCAAGAAGAAAGCUGCUCACGCUGCCAAGGCUGUCAAACACGGGGCAGGAGCUGAAAUCUCAACGGUUCAUCCAGAGCAGUACGCUAAACGUUUCAGAGAGUUCAUCACCAAGAUCUUCGCCUAGUUCAAGGAUUCACCAUCAUUUGUUUAACACUAAAUGUCAAAUCAGCAUUAAGAAGCACUGGAGAUUUAUUGUUAAAAAAUCAACAUGGUUUCUGAAUGCUUCCCUUUCACAUUAUUCUGCACUGCAAGAUGGACUGCACAUUUUUUGAGAAUGAAGAAUUUGCAUACAGAAUGAAGAAUGUCUUCUUGGCGAUUGGUUUGUUGUUAAUGCGUUGCUGUUGUUGACACUUAAAGGUUUUGGCAGAGCUGCUUUCACUUUGGGUGACAGCCAGGGAUACAGGAUUUCUGAAAGAAAUUGUUCAAGGUGAUGCAAGUAAGCAGCACUGAUAGAAAUGUAUUUCUUUAUAGAGGCCAGAGGUGAAGAUGAUAACAAAAACAUCACACUCAUCUGUAAUAUACACAGCUUUCCUUCAGUGAGAACUGCAGACUGGAGGAAAGAUUUCUAAGUAAUUUUCAUAUAUGUCCAUCAAUGACAACAGUAUAUGAAAGAGAGAUGUUGAUACAGGUUGGGAUAACUGGGCAAAUGUACAUGUUUUUAUUAGGAACAAUGUAAUAUUCAUGUGUUUUCCAGCUUAUUAAUGUGUGAUUGAAGCUAAAAACACGUGUCUUGUUGUGCAUUAAAAGCUGUCAAGUGCAAAUUAAACAAAAACUGCACAAUGUGACUGAGCAUCAGCACAAACAUACUGCCUGAAUGCUGCUAUCUUCCAUUUUUGAGCACAUAUUCCAUUGAAUUAUAUUCAAAAAUCCAGCAUGGAAUUAUUUCAUAACUGUAUAAUGCAAAUGUUUUUAUAAAGAAUAAAUAUAUCCAGUUUAUAAGAGAUCAUUCUGGUUCUGGAAACCGU